UAACAGCCUGCUGCAAACUGUAGAGUAGCAUCUCGUCACGGGGCCUACAACUUGUGUCAGUACCUCGAGCUCGCGCUUUAAACACGGGGGAUUGUGGGAAAGUUUUUAGCCAAUCACUGAAAAGAACGUAACCAAUGGGAACGCUGUAAGAGCUGAAUCCGGAAGUCGAUACUUCUGUACUGAAAGAGAGCGAUAUUUCAAUGAAUGAACGGUUGGCUGACUGCGAAAGGGAAUAGGAGGAUAUUCCACUGGGAGUGAAGCGCCUCCCCUUUAAUCGCUCGGUUGAGUUUGUCUCGGAGCUGUAGUCGCUCUCUUCACUCGCACAUUUGGCGUCAGUCGUUAAAGGAACUCAGGCGGAUUUCAGUGCUCUUGUUUUUGUUCUGUUUUUUCUUUUUUCUUUUUGUGCGUGUGUCUUUGUGGAAUAAAAAGCGCCAGCAGUGGGAAGGUUCUGUCACUUCUCUGUGCCGUUUUUAUUUUUGAUCGACAUGAAGAAACGUGGAAUAAAGCGUUCAAAGUGGCUGAAGGACUGAAAAGGCCUCCUGCUCUCACUCCACCACACACCAGAACGUUUGGAAGCAGAGCUGCAAUGGCCAAGUGGCUGAAAGACUACCUGAGCUUCGGCAGCAGGAAGGUGCCUCCACAGCCUCCCACACCAGACUACACAGAGAGCGAGAUUCUUAAAGCGUACCGGCUCCAGAGGGACCUGGACUUCGAGGAUCCCUACGAGGACUCUGAAAACAGGUCUAGGGGCGAGUCUGGGACUUCGGACCCCGCCACACCUGUGUAUGGGUCUCCCAUGAAGUCCUCCACUGUGGACGUGAAAUCUCCCAAACACAGACUGAUCAAAGUGGACUCACAGGAGCUGGGACGCACAAAGAUCCUCCUCAGUGCCAUCUCUUUAGAGGACCAGCAAGAGCCUGUGGUGCCGUCCGCUCCGCUGGCAGGCGAGACAGAUUAUUCGGACCCUUUCGACGUUCGCAUGGACCACCGGUCAGAACCAGAUCUCAGAACGGUUCCCUGCGAGAACAACGGCUACAUGGAACCGUAUGAGGCCCAGAGGGUCAUAACAGAGCUGCAGCGUGGUCCGGGAGGAGGACGGUCGCGGGGCGAGGUUCAGCUCUACGACACCCCCUAUGAAGAUGAGCGAGGCCAGCGCCUGGGUCUGGGUCUGUUGUACGGAGAAGCUCAGGAGGAGGGCAAGGAGAGCAGCAGGCUGCCGCAAGAUGACGAGAGACCGGCUGAUGAGUAUGACCAACCCUGGGAAUGGAAAAAGGAUCACAUCUCCAAAGCUUUCGCAGAAAUGAGGGAUUUGUCGGAGUUGCCCUGGCCUGCCCCAGUGGGUCAACUGGAGGAGGAGCCCCCCGUCAGAGAGCAAGUGCAGUUUGAUGGCGCGGAGUGGGACCGCUCCUCGUCGCCCACGGAGCGGUUGCGUCCACCGGGGCCCAGGUCCAGCCCGCUGGCAGGAGGGGGGUUGAAGUUUCGAAUGCAGCAGGAAGCCCUCACCAUGGUGGGGGAGAGAGUGGACGCCACUCUGCCUCUGGAGAAGCAGGUAUGGUACCACGGUUCACUGUCGCGUUCAGAGGCAGAGUCGCUGCUAAUGCUGUGCAAAGAGUGUAGCUACCUGGUGAGGAACAGUCAGAACAACCGCUCUGACUACUCCCUGUCCCUACGGAGCUGCCAGGGUUUCAUGCACAUGAAGUUCACUAAGUAUAAAGACGGCAAGUACAUCCUGGGACAGAACAGUCCUCCCUUUGACACCAUCCCCGAAGUCAUCCACUUCUACACCACGCACAAACUCCCGAUCCGAGGUGCCGAGCACCUGUCCCUGCUGUUCCCCGUGCUGGUGCAGACUCUCUGACGCUCCUCCUGGACCUCCAGGCUUUCAUUGUGACCGGACACGUAGAACUUUGAAUGUUUGAUUGGAUCUUCCCAGAGGAGUGCGGUCUGUUCUCUCUUCCUUCCUUCCGACUGGACUACUUUUGAUGAUUCAACACACCGUGGGGCUAAAGCCCUCACACACCACUGCUGUCGUACCUGUGCCAAGUGUCGCUAACAUCCGGGGCGGGGGGGGGGGGGAUCGAUUCACAUGAAAUGCAAUGCCUGAACUUUAGGCCACCUUUGCUGUAACUCCUCUCUCUCAUCUCGCUCUUCCUGAUGUGAAAUGUGAAAUUCUUUUCUUUAUUACAUUUUCAUACAUAGAGUGAAAUGCAGAGUGUGAAUGUUCUGACGUACCUGCAGGAGGUUUAGAUUUAAUUACUGCUGAUCCACAACAAACACCUCGUCGACCCUGGUAGAACAUUUUGCUGUUGUUUGGUGAAAAACCUCGCUAGUCGUAUUUUGCAGAUUUUUCAUGUUUAUAUAAAUCAAUGCAUUAAAUUGUACCGUUAUAAGAUGAGAAACCUUUUUUCAUCCUCGGGCUUGGGAGUCCCUGUUUCCAUAUCGACUUUGUUUAAACAAUGCUAUGUUGGAGGUAUAAAGUUGUUGUUUUACCAACAACAGAUGCUUUUCUACACCUGUUAUAUCUCACCCAGUCUGUUCUGCACCGCCAUGCUGCUGUGUUGUAUUGGUGCUUGUGUUGACCUCGCUGACCUGUGACUCUUGGUUGGUUGCGUACAUCGCAUUCGGUAGACGAUGCUGCGUUUGUAAAUCAAUGCUGCCAUUUUCUUUCCAUUGACUCGCACAUCUCCUAAUCAGGAAAGACUUUGAAAACAAACGGUAAAACUUUGCGACUGUUGGCCACGUUCUCACACUUCCUACAUAUCCCAGCUCAGAUUUUUUGUACCGGCCAAGUCGCUGCAUGCUGGUUGGUGAGUUUAAUUUCAGUUUGCCAUCUGGAAUGGGUUCCCAUGUCUGCUGCCUGGUUGCAGCAUUGUGUGGCAAAAACAGUUUUCAGAUGGAGCCAACUUUGGACAAAUGUGGGAAAAAAUAAUCAUUUAAAUUAUUACUUCUUAUUCCAAAAUUGAUUGUUGAUUAUUAUUAUUAUUAUUAUUAUUAUUAUUAUUAUUAUUCUGGCCAUUUUCUGUCACUAAUAAAAGAUGACAGGAUGUGUAAUGUA